AUGAAUGAGGAGUUGGGAUUCCGUUGUGAUCAUAAUCAAGGUGAAUGUCGAGCUAAAUUCGUUUGCCAUUUAGAUUGUUUUGCUUGGGUGAAACGGGAUAGCUAUCUUCCUCAGGGAAGCCAUGGUCUGAAGGCCGUUACGAAGGCGAAACUGGGCUAUGAUCCACUGGAAGUGAACCCAGAAGAGAUGGUUCAGUUUGCAAUGGAAAAACCACAGACAAUGGCCUCCUAUUCUGUCUCUGAUGCUGUUGCAACUUAUUACCUAUACAUGCAUAUGUUCACCCGUUCAUUUUCUCUCUCGUAA